UUUCUUCAUCUUCUUGAAAAAGUUAAAAUUCACAAACAAAAAAAAAUAAUCAUUUUUUUCUUCCUUAAUCUAAUCACUAAUCUUAAGCAGCAGAAAUAAAGGAGACCCACUAAGCGUGCUCUAAAAAGAAUCCCCAUUAAUUUUUUUUUUUUAUUUUAUUUCUAUGCAAAAAUAAAUUAAAAGGAUGUGGGUAUUUUUCUGCUAUUUCAGUUUCUGGGUAACAACCACAAUCACACUCUAGAGGAAUUUAGUGGUCAGUAAUUAAAAAAUAUUCAUCUGGGUAAUUUUAUUUUUGGUUGAUUUAAAAUUUGUGAGAAAAAAAUGAGUGAAAAUAGUCCAAAAUUGUUGGAUUUAAUAAAUGGAAAUCAUAAAAAUUCAGAAAAAAUAUAUGGGUUAUCAUCUUCAUCUUCAUCAUGUAAUGAAGAGAACAAGCUAGAACUAAGGUUGGGAUUACCAGGUGAUAAUGGAAAUUGGUCAGCCAAACAAGGCCUUAAAUCUAGAGAGAGAGAGGAAUCACUUCUCUCUCUAGGAUACUUCAAUGGUGGUGUGAUCAGGUGUGGUAAGGAGCAGAAUCAUAAACUAUGGACAACAUCAUCAUCAACAACAACAACAACACCAACAACAACAACUACAAGUAAUUCUGCAUUUCUGCAAAAUCAUCAUCAAGAAAAACAGCAGUACCAAACAUGCCCUAAACAAGCUAAUGGUUUGACUGUCAUGGUAAAAGAUUCAUCACAGCCCUGUUGCACUAGAAUAGCAGAGUUACAGUCUGCAGAAAAGAAGGCAUUUUCACCCUCUUCUGCUCUUACAGCUGUGCCCAACACUUCUCAGAAAAGAGCUGCUCCUACUCCAGUUGUGGGUUGGCCUCCAAUUCGAUCGUUUCGAAAGAACCUUGCUAGCAGUAGCUCAGGAAAAUCGGUUCCAGAACCUCAGAGUGCGAUCCCAAGUAAGCCUGUGAAUGAAAAACCAGUUAAGGACAAUUCACACAAGGGUCUAUUUGUGAAGAUUAAUAUGGAUGGUGUACCGAUUGGAAGGAAAGUCGAUCUGAGUGUACAUAACAACUAUGACAGCCUCUCGUCGUCUGUUGCUGAGCUUUUCAGAGGGCUUCUUGCAGCUCAAAGAGAUUCUUCUGCUGGUGCGAUUGAUAACAAACAAGAGCAGGAACCUAUUACCGGAUUGUUGGAUGGAAGUGGGGAAUAUACUUUGGUGUAUGAGGAUAACGAAGGAGACAGGAUGCUUGUUGGUGAUGUCCCAUGGCACAUGUUUGUAUCCACUGUAAAGAGGUUACGUGUAUUGAAGAGUUCCGACCUAUCUACCCUAAGCCGUGGUGUCAAUAAAGAAGGCAAGCUACCGAUUGAGAGUCCAUCCAAGUGAAGAGCAGCAAAAUGCUAUUUGUUCCUAAAUUGAGUUGAGGAUUGGAGUCCAUUUUUCUGUGUUUAAGUAACUUAGUUCAGUUCUUGCUUGCUGAAACAACAAAUUGUUCGAACUCAGAGCAAAAGAUGUGUAUUCGGUCUAAUCAUCCAAUUCGCCUAUGUAAAAGAAGAUAAGCUAAACUGAUGGUUUUGUUUUAGAUAUGUUUUCUUCAAUGAUAUAACUCUUUUGAAAACUCGAGUUGUUGCCUUGUGCUUGUUUGUUCUUAUGUUGUGUUCUGAUUUUUGGCACUUGCUACUGAGAGGAGUAAUUGAUGUUAUGAGCUAGACGAACUAGGAAAUGUCUUACUUACAAAGUAGAGCUUCAUAAUUGAAGCAUUUCUGUUUGGUUUGAACUUUACGGAGUACUUUAUAUUUUGACAAUGCAA